AUGAAUUACUGCAGGAUAGGAUUGAUGACAUACGGUUUCACUUUGUCGCCGUUUUCGGGGCCAUUAAGCGAUGAUAGUCAAAGACUUUUAAAAAGUCCGCGAAAACCACAAAGGAAAGUUCCGAAAAACCCGUACAAGGUACUGGACGCUCCGGAGUUGCAAGAUGACUUCUACCUAAACCUAGUCGAUUGGUCGUCACAAAAUAUGCUUUCCGUCGGUCUGAAUACGUGUGUAUAUUUAUGGAGCGCUUGUAAUAGUCAGGUAGUGAAACUGUGUGAUUUGGUGAACGAUCAAGAUACCGUAACGUCUGUACAGUGGGCGGACAAAGGUGAACUUCUAGCAGUUGGUACAAAUCGUGGUAUCACUCAGAUUUGGGAUGUACAUACGCAAAAGAUGACUAUGGAAUUAUCUGGUCAUACUUCACGAGUAGGUUGUCUGGCAUGGAAUGGUGAUCUGGUGUGUUCGGGCAGUAGAGACCGUCACAUCAUCCAACGCGACAUUCGACAACCACAUGUGACGGAGAAGAAGAUGAGCGCUCAUCGCCAGGAGGUGUGUGGUUUAAAGUGGUCUCCUGACAAACAAUAUCUGGCCUCGGGAGGAAAUGAUAACCAGUUGCUGGUGUGGUCAAUGCGGCGAACUGACCCUAGUCAAGUGUUCACCGAACAUAGCGCUGCUGUGAAGGCACUUGCUUGGUCGCCACAUCAUCAUGGUCUUCUUGUUUCUGGAGGCGGAACUGCAGAUCGUCAUUUACGGUUUUGGAACACUCUUACUGGACAGCCUAUGCAAGCUAUUGAUACUGGAAGUCAAGUCAUCAUAUGGAAAUAUCCAAGUCUCCAACCAGUAACCAAACUUUCUGGACAUCAGUUCCGCGUUUUAUAUCUAGCUAUGUCACCCGAUGGAGAGUCGAUCGUGACAGGUGCCGGCGACGAAACGUUGCGAUUCUGGCAUGUGUUUAGCAAAUCUGGUCAGCAGCGAACAGCUCGAAGCAAAUUGAAUCUUUUUCACAGUUUACGAUGA